AAAAAAAAAGGGAAAGAAAAGACACAAUGCUCUUCAUCAGUUCAUCACUUCAUUCCUUCAUCACUUAGCUUCCUCAUUUCAUCAGAUACUGUAACCUAACAUUAUCACACAGACGGCCACACCACCGAUCGCGGCUCUCCUCCUCAUCGACCGCAACUCUCAAUCGCAGUGUUGUCCACUCCAAACGGCGACGGCGCGGUUCUCCCUUUCACGGUCGUCGGAACGUUGCUCUCAUCCACGGGCUCCUGCGCGGUGCUCUCCUCCACGGGUGUCGGCGCGGUGCUCUCCUCCACGGGCAUCGGCGCAGUGCUGUCCUCUAUGCACGCUUCUCCACGGCUCCCCCUCUUCCUAUCUAGGCUCCACGUACAGGGUCUUGUUCGAGAAACCCCUCUCCUUCUCCCGUUUCCACUUCUUCCCCUAUCUCGCCUUCUCCUCUUUGCAAGGGCUGUAACCCCCCUCCUCCUCCUCUGCUUAUUACUUCAAUUCUAAAAGAUGUGUUAAGGUACGGAAAGAAGCAGUUUGCGGUUGAUGAGACCAGGCGUGAUACUUAGAAUUGUCCAGUGCCUUCAUGCAAUGAACCACCAGUAUUGACUACUUGCUUCUAUUCUAAAAGCUGUGUUAAGGUACGGAAAGAAGCAGUUUGCGGUUGAUGAGACCAGGCGUGAUACUUAGAAUUGUCCAGUGCCUUCAUGCAAUGAACCACCAGUAUUGACUACUUGCUUCUAUUCUAAAAGCUGUGUUAAGGUACGGAAAGAAGCAGUUUGCGGUUGAUGAGACCAGGCGUGAUACUUAGAAUUGUCCAGUGCCUUCAUGCAAUGAACCACCAGUAUUGACUACUUGCUUCUAUUCUAAAAGCUGUGUUAAGGUACGGAAAGAAGCAGUUUGCGGUUGAUGAGACCAGGCGUGAUACUUAGAAUUGUCCAGUGCCUUCAUGCAAUGAACCACCAGUAUUGACUACUUGCUUCUAUUCUAAAAGCUGUGUUAAGGUACGGAAAGAAGCAGUUUGCAGUUGAUGAGAUCAGGCAUGAUACUUAGAAUUGUCCAGUGCCUUCAUGCAAUGAACCACCUGUAUUGACUACUUGCUUCUAUUCUAAAAGCUGUGUUAAGGUACGGAAAGAAGCAGUUUGCGGUUGAUGAGACCAGGCGUGGUACUUAGAAUUGUCCAGUGCCUUCAUGCAAUGAACCACCAGUAUUGACUACUUGGUUGGUAAGGAAGCUUCUUAAUUUUACUAUGGAAUGAAUAUUCUGAAUGCAUUGAUUGUGAAUAAAGAAUUGGGACUGUGCAUCCUGUAGUUGAAGCUGAUGUUUUGCCUUCAAAAAAAUAUCACAAUAUUCCUGUGAAGACGUUGCGACACUUUCCCCUAAUUCCCAGGCUUCAAAGACUAUUCAUGUGCUCAGCAACAGCUAAAAGCAUGAGGUGGCAUGACGAAGAACGCAGAAAAGAUGAGAAGUUAAGGCAUCCCGCUGAUGGGCAGUCAUGGAAGGACUUUGACAAUCGUCAUACAAAUUUUGCUCUCGAUCCCCGUAAUGUGAGACUUGGCUUGUCAAGUGACGGAUUCAAUCCAUAUCGAACCAUGAGCAUAUCUCAUAGCACGUGGCCUGUUGUUUUAAUGGCUUAUAAUUUGCCGCCAUGGAUGUCUAUGAAACAGGAAUACUUUAUGUUGUCGUUGCUAAUCCCUGGACCAAAGUCACAAGGAAAUGAUAUAGACAUUUACUUGCAACCUUUGAUCGAGGAGUUAAAGGAGUUGUGGGAGGUUGGGGUGGAAACAUAUGAUGCAUCAAAAAAUGAAACCUUCCAAAUGUAUGCAGCUCUUAUGUGGACAAUUAGUGAUUUUUCGGCUUACGCAAUACUAUCUAGUUGGAGUACAAAAGGGAAGCUAGCUUGCCCUUGUUGUAACCAUGGGACUUGUUCUAACCAUCUUAAAUAUAGUCACAAGACAUGCUAUAUGGGUCAUCGUGCCUUUUUGCCCGAGGAUCAUCCAUGGAGAGCUAAUAGGAGAUCUUUCAAUGGAAAAGUAGAAUAUAGGCAAGCUCCACCAUUAUUGUCGGGUACUGAAGCUUUAAGUCAGUUGGAGUAUGUGGAUAAUUCAUUUGGGAAGCUAAAACCAAAGAAAGAUGAUCCAUGGAAGAAGAGGUCAAUAUUCUUUGAUUUACCUUAUUGGCAGUAUAACACAUCACGACACAAUUUAGAUGUGAUGCACAUAGAAAAGAACAUAGUUGAUAGUAUUCUUGGAACUCUCUUGGAUAUUUCUGGCAAGACAAAAGAUCACACAAAUGCUCGAUAUGACUUGCAAGAAAUGGGCAUUCGAAAGAACCUUCACCCCAAGAAAACAAAUGGUAGGAAAAAGGUGAAGCUGGCAAAGGCAUGCUACUCAAUGACCAAUGCUGAAAAGUCAAUUUUUUGUGACGUCUUGAAGACAGCAAAGUUGCCAGAUGGCUCUGCUUCAAAUAUUUCUCGGUGUGUGAACCUUUUGGAGAGAAGAAUAUCUGGUUAUAAGACUCAUGAUGCUCAUUUCAUGCUUCACUAUUUGUUACAAAUUCCUAUCAAAGGAAUACUUCCAGAUCAAGUUGCAGUUCCUCUUAUUCGACUUAGCUCAUUUUUUCGUCAAUUGUGUCAAAAGUCUAUCACAUUACAAGAGAUAGAUCAAUUAGAAGAGGAUAUUGUCACAACAUUAUGCCAAUUAGAGAGGAUCUUUCCUCCUUCUUUCUUCGACAUAAUGAUUCAUUUGCCUAUUCAUUUGGCUAAUGAAGUGAGAUUGGGAGGUCCAGUUCAAUUUCGGUGGAUGUAUCCUCCCGAAAGAUACAUGUGUACUUUGAAGUCCUAUGUUCGAAACAGAAGUCGUCCUGAAGGAUCUAUUGCAGAGGCAUAUUUGGUUGAAGAAUGUUUGACAUUUUGCUCGCGUUACUUACAUUCUGGUGUCCAAACAAAAUUGAAUAGACAACCCAGAAAUAAUGAUGAACCUAAUAAUUCUAUGAUGGAAACUACAGAUGCAUUUUCGAAUCUAUUUCCAAAAAGAGGUGUUCCUUUGGGUGCAAAGAAAGGUGAACCUUUUCUCCUUGACGACAAGUCCCGAGAGCAAGUUCAUAGCUACAUAUUAUUGAAUUGUCACAAAAUAGACGACUAUGUUAGUGAGCAUGAGACUUAUCAACAAGGAACACGAUGGAUGAGAGCUAAAAACCAUAGCAAAAACUUUCCUUCAUGGUUUAAAACACGUGCUUUACGGCAUGAUGUUCCCAAUUGGAUAAAAGAGCUAUCUAGAGGACCAACCCAAUGUACAAAAAGAUAUUCUGGUUAUUUUAUCAAUUUAUGA